AUGUCCGAUAUAGCAAAAUGGGAAAUAGCUGAUAGACUUCGUGAGCGUGCACGUGAAGAUUUAUUUGAAUUAUUAAGAAGUAUUGAAGGUACCAAAGAUUUAUUUAUUGAUGCUGAUUUAUUUCCAUUAAUUGAUUUAACAUCAACAGCAACUGAAAUACGUAAAUAUGGUGUAGGAAAUUUACAUAAAUUAGAUUCAACAUUAAAUGUUCAAACAAAAAAUAAACGUUUAUUUUUAUUACGACCAAAUAUGGUACGAUUUUUAUCAUUAGCAAAACAAUUACGUCAAUUAGAUAUUCAAAAUGCACAUUUAAUAUGUGUACCAAGAAAAUUCUAUGCAUUUGAACAUUUACUUGAACAAGAAGGUCUUUGGGGACGAUGUAAAUUACAUGAAUUAACAGCAUUUGAUAUGGUUCCUGUUGAUUAUGAUUCAUUUUCAAUGGUUAAUUCACAUUUAUAUUUAAAUAUUUAUUUGGAUCAUUCAACUGAUUGGUUAUCAACAUUAGCAGCAUCAUUAACUGAUUUUCAAAAAUUAUUUGGAAAAUUUUCAAAAACAAUUGCCUUUGGUAAACUGGCAGGACAAGUCCUAAGACAAUUAGAAAGAGAAGAACGGUAA